UCGUCCUCGAUGAGUCAGACUAAUACUCACCAAGCUUUGCCGCAAGAUCCUGAAAAAAUCCUAUCGGAUGAGAAGGAAGAGGCUAGAAUGGUCAAAUUAACGAAAUUCGAUAUAUCUGGAUCUUUGAAAAGCAGGAACAUUCGUAGUUUCGAUUUCAAUACAGUUGUUGACAGCGACAUAAUAUGGCAAGUGGCGGAUACGACGCAAACCAAGACUACUCCAGUGACUGUGUAGAUGAAUGUUUAAUUGAAAAACUGUGCGCGUCUUGUAUAAAGAAAUUAAUACCUAGACAGACUAAAGUGAUAAACGAACUAACGAAAAAUGUGCUCUGCAGUAAUUGCAGAGCUGUUGUCGUACAAGAUGGAUUCAAGAACCAUGACAUCAUUCUUGUAAAGAAAACGGACUAUGAUAGUACCGGUGUGGACAUGAAGGGUCUCGAUAAAUGCAUGCAGCACAAGAAGAAUGUUAAGUUUUACUGCGAAGAUCAUGAUCGGUUGUGUUGCAGCGGAUGUGUGAUCGCCCACCGAAAAUGUGACAACUUCAAUGAGAUCAAUGCUUUUUCAGUACCAAAUGGAAAAGAAAAGGAGCUGCAAAGUGCUUUGAUUAAAGUAAAGGAAGAUAGCAUAUCUAUUAAACACAAAAUAAAGGAACUAAAGGCGGAAAUGAGUGAAACGAUUAUAAAUCUCUCAUUAGAUAUUGAUGAAAUUAAAAAUAAAGUACUAAAACGGAUUGAUGAUGAUAAACGUCUGUUUCUACAAGAGACAGAAAGUAUCACUGCCGAGAAGACAGUAAGUCUUGAAAAAAGGACAGAUGAAAUGCUAAAAAUUGAAAAAGAUAUGUCUGAAGCACUUGAACUGUUUUCUAUAUCAAUACAAAAGGGAACACCCCAGCAGCAGUGGAUCGUUGCAAGAGCUGUUUCAGAAAUGCUAAGAAAUGCCCAAACUGUUAUUGAAGGUCAAAGACGGAAUCCGCUGUCCAUGCAAAUGCACCUCUGUUUCUCACGCGAACUGACACAACUUUUACACACUGAACAAAACAGAGUCAGACUUCAUAUUGAAGAGGAAUGCAAACGUGCAGAUUGCAGUGGGUAAGUGUAUUGUGUAAGAGGAAUAACAACAAGAAGCCAAUGUUGUUGUUUUUCAUCAUGUCACAACGCAGUAAAAUGACCUAAAUAACCAGGCAACCUUAGAAACCUAAUUUUUGUUGUACACUUGACUACUUGAUCUCGUAUCUCAGUCUCGUUAGUUCCGAACGAACGUUUUGAGCGAGAUUCAUUAAAAAAAGUAUUUUUUUACCAAACCCCACGCCCUUCAAUCAGCCUUAUAACCAAAUAACCGAAUUCUCGCAAUAUAUAAGAUUGUUUUUGUCAUGUGAGUACGUAACUCCGUCUGGGUAGCUCGAGCUCUAGCAUCAUCUAUAAUAACCUUUAAUUUCACAAAUAAUAUAAACACACAUGCUUUACCAUAGCAUUUUCGAACGAUUUGUUUAAUUUGCCGUGCAUCGUUAAAAAGUGCAAGUACUUUGUGAAUAUUAUAAUAGUACAUGUUAUUUGAAAUAUUAUAGAAACUUGCUCUGAACACUUGAACUUUUGUUUCUUAAUAUAUUGCUUUUACAAUUUCUUCAUUUAUAGAUUGCUAACGUUUGAGGGCAAUACAAUUCAACUUUUUACGAGGCCUAUAUCACUACAUAUUUUCAUUUAAAACGCCGAAGAAAUAUACGAAAUAUUUGCACAAAAACAUCACAAUUGCUCACCGUAUGCGUUCUAAUUACAUCUCGACCGUUGGCUGAAAUUAUGUUUAAAAUUUACAUUCAGAGUCAUGUAAUUUUUGUAAACCUAUCCAUUUAUUUCUAACAAAUGUAAUGUAUAAAAGUAAACUUAUAUUAUUGAGCAGUCAUUAAGGUGUUAUUGGUCCGAUAAUGAUUCAUUUGGGUUCAGUGAAACGUCCAAAAGAGGAUUGUAUUGCACAAUUGUUCAUUGAGCUUUAAGUUUUGAAUGUACUGAUACGCUUUUUUUUCAUAAAAUAUUGUCAAAAAUAAAGUACACACUUAAAUAAAGUAUGGUAAACAUUUAUGAUAUUUUUUUUUGUUAAAUCUCUAAAAAAGCAAAAAUUUAACAGCUUCUCUUCAUUCGACUCAAUAUAAAUAUAUACUUGCAAUAUGUUAUAACUUUAUUCGAUCAUAUAUAUAUGCUUGUGGUUAACGGAAACAAAAUAUCACUAUACCGUAAUUUAGUACUAGAUACGUAACAAGAAAAUGAAUCAUGUAUGGACCACCUGACACAAACUUUUGAACAUUUGAUGCAUGAUAUUC